GGUUCACAUAAAAAAAAGCUGCAAGCAAAUAAGAGUGCAAUCAAAAAUUUAAAUAUUACAAAUAAAACAAAAUUAAUUAAUCAACUGGCGUAGACGACAGCAGGCAAAGUUUUCCCCAACAAAUUCGAAAACAAUGAGCGCGCGUUUAAUUUAAAAAGAAAAUAAUAAAAAUAAUAAAUAAAUAGGAAAGAAAAACAAAUCGAGAAAUCCUAGUGCGAGCCAAACUUUCGCAAUGGGCGACACUUUGGAUGAAUCGCCGCCAACGCGUCGCGAUAAGCCACAAUCGCUGAACAUUAGCUCGGAGGAGACGGCUGCAAGCGAUGCAGCCCACAGCUCCUCCGAGCGCUACACGCGGGCGCGAGCACGCGAUGAACCGGUUCGGGAACGCGAUCACUCCUGCGGCGAGCUGAGCUCCGCGCGUAAGCGCCAGGAUGAACUGGCUGGCACUGCGGCACCUCCACGACGCGAGAGUCUCAACAGCUGCGACAGGCCACAGCAGCAGCCAGCGAUAAGCCCUGGCGCUGCCUUGCACAAGUCGCAAGGGCUGGGCAGUCGACCCACAGCGGCCGGCAACAGUCCACGGUACUCGUCCAGCGUGGUGGUUGGCGGCGGUGUGGGCAGCCUGGCCGGCACCACCACGCGCAAGUGCGUCCUCACGCUGGACGGGUACUCCUAUGUCAUAGGUAAGUCAAUUCAGAGGGCAAACAGAAGCGACAGAUUGUAGCGUUCGCCCAGGUACGUGGUCCAUUGCAGCAUUAAAUUGAAAAUGAAAUUGAAUUUUACUCCAAAGCGGGACGGGGCGGAACGU